AUGAGCAACAAAGAAGUCACCAAAGUCUACGCUCAAGAGCCAUUGAAGAUGAAUACCGCUCCACAGCUCCAUAAACUUGCCGCCAUGUAUUCAGAAAAGCAGAUUUGGUCUUGCCAUCAAGGACCAACGUGCUCAAUUUGUGACGCCAAGGCUGUUGGCAAGGAGCGGGAGUAUUUGGGUCUCGCGAUGUAUCAAUCCCAAAACUUCCACAGAGCCAAUUAA